AUGAUGAGUAGAACCGUGGUAAGUGGUCUCAAAGCUCGGAGAAGUGGAUGCGUAGUUGGUCUCGGAGUUAGGGAUGAUGGAUAUGGAGGUGUGCAUGGUUAUAGAGAAUGGUGGAUUGACAUUAAGGUGUGGCUAGAGUGGAGUGGUGGAUCGAUAGAGAGAUAUGGUUCCGAUAGUGGCAAAUCGAUGAUAUUGGAUAUGGCUAUGAAUCGACUAGGUAAGACUAUUAUGGGAGUAAAGAUUGGUAGUGAUGAGGGUUGUGAUAAUGAAUCUUUGGUGAAGAGGGUCGGUGAUGAUCGAUGGGAAGGAGGAUUGGUGAUAUAG